GCGUGCCCGCGCGUGACGACGUCACGGCACUCGCCGCUACAGAAGCAGCGUGCGCGGAUGCGAAUGCGGGGUACGGUUCAACCGGUAGAAGGAAGAGCGAGGUAGCAGCAGAGUUGCAGUAGUUCGGUCCAUGCAGCAACAGCAGCAGCAGCAAACAACAACAGUUGGUGUCAGCUGUCAUUGAUAGCUGUUGUCGCUUCGAGCAGCAGGAAGUGUUUUACGUGUUGCAGCAGCAGCAGCUCCCCUGUAGUCAUCAAUUCAAGCAACAGCGGUGGUAGCAGCUUGCCACAGUCGUAGUAGUUGGUUGUUACGGGUAGCGGCAGCAGCAAGCAGCAGCGAGUGAUCUUAUCCAUGGCAGAGGAGGAGGAGAGCGAUGCGGGGCAAGAGGCGAGCCUGCCGGAGUGGAGGCGCUUGGAGCGCGCUCUUCUCGCCAGUUUGCUGGGCGUGCGGGACGCGUACCGGAGGAGGUUUACGGCGGCAGCACGGGAGGAGACGGAACCACCACCACCAGCACGAGAGGAGACGGAACCACCAGCACCACCACGGGAGGAGAUGGAACGACCACCACAGGAGGAGCGGGACGCCCGGCAACCAGGCAGCGCGUUGGACUGGCUGCCACUGGGCGUGCAGCUCUACACGAUGUCCUUCCUGGGCGCCCGCGACCUGGCGGCUCUGGGCUCCGCCAGCCGCCUCUGGCGCUGCCUGGCCUCCGACCCGCUGCUGUGGCGCCGGCUGCUGCUGAAGGACGCGUUGGCGUGGCGCUGCGUGGGCCGUGUCGGCAUGCCCGAUGUGCACGCACUCACGCGGGCCCACCUAGCCGUCGCCGCCGACUUCAAGGCCAUGUAUGCUCGGGGCCACGCGGAAAAUCCGUCGCGCGCGGGGUCGCGCAGGGCUGCGCCGGGCGUCGUUGCCCGGCUGCCGCAGCUGCUGAGGGCGGCGCUGGGCGCGCGCAUCGAGCCACGCUUUGCGAUGUUCGGGCCGGGCCUGGAGCGCCUGCGCGUGUCCCUGGUGCGGCAGCUGCUGAGCAGUCCCAACGAGUUCCGCGUCGCGCCGUCACUGCAGCAACACCCUCAUGCCGGUGUGGGAUCCGGAAUCUCGUUUGUGUUCGACGAGGACCGAACCUUCAACAUCCUCACCCUCUACUCGGCCACCAAGAGCGAGCGCGAGCGCGGCGCGGAUGCGGCGAAUGUCGGCGCGGCGCCUGACAAGCUGCUGGUGCUGGACGGGGGCGCGAGCGGGGUCAGAGGUCAAGGGGACGGCGAGCGGCCGCCCUCCCGCGCCUCUCGUCGCUACCGCCCGACGGCGCACGUGCAGGACGCGUGCCGCCACGUGGACGCCUUCAUCUACGUCGCCAACGCGGAAGCCGGGCCAGGGGAGCCGGAGACGGCGGAGGGGGAGAAGGGGGAGGGCGGCGGCAGCGGCGGCGGCGGCGCGGACGAGACGGCCCGUGUGUCGGCCAUGCUGGAGGCCGGUCCGCCGGGGAGCCCUCUGCUCGUGCUGGCCUGCACGUCCGAGCCGUCCACCGUGCGCGUGCCUUCCCUGCUGCUGGCACAUCGCCUGCGACUGCAGGCCCUGCCUCGGGCCUGGCUGGUUUGCGCAGCGGACGCGAGCUCGCUGGGAGGCGUGCGGGAGGGCAUCUCGUGGCUGCUGCACAGCUUGAGCGGUGGGGAUUGGCUGUCGGGAGACUGAACGUAGAGGGCUGUGUCCUGGGUCUCCAAAAGGAAGGAAAAACAUAAAAAAACACAAACUUUACGUUUGUUUUUGUUAUCCAUUUCACGUUUAUGCCAUUGCUUUUCUCUCUCUCGAUUAUCUUCCACUUGCGCUCUCAAGCGUCGUCACAAGACGAAGGUAGUUUUAAUUGGGAGAAACGUGCGCACUGAGCAUUACCAUUUCCGGAUAGAUGUUUUCUCUUAAUAUGGCAUCAGAGUGGCUAGGGUGUGGAAUGUAAUACGGGGUAUAAGGUCACAAACGACAUCACGACAACAUCUCCAGCGCAUUGUCACCCGAUGCAACGCGCCACGGUAACUACGCAUAAGGCACUUCUGAUGCAGGGCAUCGCAAACUGUCACGGUAAUGAGAUUCAAUAACGAGCUGGCCCAACGUGCGACUACUUAAUGCGUGCUAAUAAAACUGAGAAUAACGCAAACCAUGGUGGAGUGAAUGGCCGGUACUUGCAGAACAUGGUACUUGUUGCACAGGGGUCGGAAACCAAAAACAACAACAACAACAAGAAGAGCCGUCUUGCUUCGAAUUCGAUUAAAAAAACUUCAGCAUUUCAAGAGCCGCAUGUGGUGAAUACGAGACGGUGAUACUUAAUAAAUAACGUCAUGAAACAGUCCUGAAUGAGCCGCAUGCGUCUCCCGGAGACGCAUGAUGGUAAGUUGCACUUCCACGGUGAACUGCACUUCCACGGUGAACUGGACUUCCACGGUGAACUGGACUUCCAUGGUCGUUGGGUCGGCAACCAAAAUAACAAGGGACAUUUUUUAUUUAUUCGAAAAGGCCGCACGGCAGUCCUUAUAGAGCCGCGUAACGGCUCCGGAAGUCUAGCAAGACUGCUCCGCUUGAAUGCUUGUGGUCAAACAUGUAGGGGCAUGGCCCAGUAGCCUGCGUGCUCAUCUUUGGCCAAUUUGUGCAAGUCGCCGGUUCACGUUCCACACGUGGCUGUGGGACAUUGUUAGCUUGUGCUGUAUGCUCUUAAAGACCCGAAUUGACAUGAUUCGUAAAGGCAGACCACAAUGUGUGUGUCUUACAACCUCCACAACCGGAAGAUGGUCUUCAAACUAAAUUGUGAACAGAAUAAUUAUGUGGUUUUCAGAAUAAGAAACUUUAUUUAUACUGGAGGAAUCCGAUGAGCUAUAAAGCUCUUUUUCACACGUCCAGUAGGGAUGGGUCAGAACAACAACAAACAAUAUAAAAACACGAUCGGAGUGCAAAGUAGAGGAAAAGUAAGCAAACCACCAUAAAGACUAACAAACCCUCUCUUUAUUUUACUAGUUAAAGUGCACUGAGCUAUUAGCCCCUUUUUCAGAAACGACCUGGCCAACAAGGAUAGCGCAGCGAAGUGGCUUAUAUCAUGUGGACAUUUAUAGCAGUCAAACGCAUGUUGAUUCUAAAUUCCAGAGGACCCACGCAACCACGAGGAAAAGACGCGCAAACUCCAAAUAUACAACAGGCGUCAGCGGUGGGGGGGGGGGGGGGAUCGAACCCCCCUGACUUCUACAUCUUCGCCGUAUUUCUCAAUGGCCCCUCUCGAAGGGGGUGGUGUGGGGGGGCAAAGGCAGCUGAAUGAAACCAACACGAAGCGCUUCGUCUCGGUGACAACUUUCCUACGGCGUCUCAGGGAGGGAGGCGGCCGCCCGUCACGCGAAAAUUGCGUUGACGCGGCGCUCGGGCAGCGAAAAAUCCUUGAGUGGGUCACGUGGCGGCAGAGCCACCGACUGUGACGCGCACGACGCCGAGGCAGGCGGCACGUGGUUAUUGCACGCGGGGUGGUGUCUGGACGUCGUCGUCCUGCUUACGGCGAAGAGAACAACGGGAUUUGUACACGCUCACACGCACAGUGUACGGGCACGCCGUGGGGGCAUCGGCCCUCGCUUCUCAGGGGAGGAAGAAUAUGCACGACGGGUAUGUGAACUCUCGAACUUCCAGGGCCAUGCGAAUGGUGUGACGCUGAAAUGUUGUGAGACUUUGCAAUAAAGUAAUAGAUUAGUU